GCUGACGCGACGGCGCGGCCGUGACGUCUCGGCGGCCGGCCCGAGGCCUGAGAGCGGCCGGGGGCUUGCGGGCGCGGGGCGCGGUCGCCAUGUUCGGCUCGAGCCGCGGCGGAGUGCGUGGCGGGCAGGACCAGUUCAACUGGGAGGACGUGAAGACCGACAAGCAGCGGGAGAACUACCUGGGCAACUCGCUGAUGGCGCCGGUGGGCCGCUGGCAGAAGGGCCGCGACCUCACCUGGUACGCCAAGGGCCGCGCGCCGCGCGCCGGGCCGAGCCGCGAGGAGGAGCUGGCGGCCGUGCGGGAGGCGGAGCGCGAGGCGCUGCUGGCCGCGCUAGGCUACAGGAACGUGAGGAAGCAGCCCACCGGCCUGAGCAAGGAGGACUUCGUGGAGAUCUGCAAGAGGGAAGGAGGCGACCCGGAGGAGAAGGGCGUGGAUCGGCUGCUGGGGCUGGGCAGCGCCAGUGGCUCCGCGGGCCGUGUGGCGCUGUCCCGGGAGGACAAAGAGGCUGCCAAGCUGGGGCUGUCGGUGUUCACGCACCAUCGCGUGGAGAAUGGCGGGCCGGGGACCUCCCCGGCCUCAGCUCGGAGGAAACCGCGUGCCGAGGACCAGGCAGAGCCUGACUCUGAGAGCCACAGGAAAAGCAAGAAAGAGAAGAAGAAAAAGAAGAAGAAACACAAGAAACACAAGAAGAAGAAAGACAGAGAGCACAGGAGGGAGGCAACGCCCUCCUCUUCCUCCUCCUCCCCUUCACGGCCCACACAUGGCCAGCAUGACUCCAGCUCCUCCCCCCGCCGCAAGAGGAAGUGCGACAACAGGGACACUGGGAGGAGCCCCUCUGGCCACCGGUGGGAUGCCCGAGACCUCUGAGAUUUUGCCCCUGCCUGCUGCUAGCU